AUGGAUAACCGGAAACGCACGACUCGAGCAUGUGACGAGUGUCGGCGCAUGAAGGAGAAGUGUGAGGGUGGACCUCCUUGCAGGAGAUGCCUCCACUUCCAGCGCGUGUGUGAGAAAGGGCCAGUGUCAAGGACACGUGAAUUCAGGGCAUAUAUUCCAGCAGAACGAGUGGCCACAUCUGACUUUCAAGAAUUGAUUGACCGCUCGAAAUAUAUGGAACGUAUAUUGAAACGGACAAUUGAAGGGAUUCGACUUGAUACAAAGAGUCUUGCCAAACUAGCAGAUGCACUUGAUGCGGACGGCGAUAGUGCGUGUGUUGUAGCGUCGGACGCCCAGGAAGUGGAAGGAUUAGUGAUGGAUGAUGAAGCGUGUACAAUGGAUCCUGUUGGGGAUAACACUACGCACUUCUCCGGAGAAUUUUCAUAUUGGAACUUCUCUAUGCGAUUGAAGCAACAUAUCGAGCAAAUGGGGGGAUUAGAGAGUCGGACAAAUGACUCUAGCCGGGGUUGGGACUUCCCACGAGCUCAUCAGUUGCGACCAGGGCGUGACCACCUUUCCGCGGCAAUAUCAUGCUGUCCCCCUCGUCCAAUUGCCGAGUUUCUGGCAAGAAACUUCUUCAAAUAUGCUGAGACCCACUACUUCUUUGUUGAAAAAACUUGGUUUCUUCAGAGGAUGAAUCUUCUCUAUGGCGACCCUAGCAGCUUCGCCAAGAAGGGAGGUGAGGUGAUCAUCAGCAUCUUGCUUACUGUAUUUGCAAUCGGGUCCCAAUAUGCACAUCUUGAAUCUUCAGAGCACAGCUCGACUGGGACAUCAAGUCAAAACUUCUCCGAGGAGGAUAUCGGCGCGACAUUCUACCAGCAAGCGAUUCGGUUACUACCAGAGAUCAUCGAACUAUCCUCACUUGAAAGUGUCCAAGCCUGUCUUCUCUUUGGCUACUAUGCACUACCUGUCGAUACGUCGGGCCUGGGGUAUAUUUACAUCAAUCUUGCAAUUCGGCUUGGAAUGCAGAACGGCAUGCAUAGAAGGUGCAAGAACGAUGCUUUUAGUACGACUAUGAUCGAGACCCGCAAUCGUGUGUGGUGGACGGCAUACUUACUUGAGAGAAAAAUCUCCAUCUUCCACGGCAGGCCUCUUUCAGUGCUCAAGGCCGACAUUGAUGCUACUUUCCCUAUAUAUCGACCUGAAAUGGAAUUAGACGACACUCGCACAAGUGUUGCACGCGCUGAAGCUUCGAUUCAACUGAUUCACUUCUUAGAAGACCUGUUUUGUGAUGUGAGCAAUCUUCGAAGUUGCCACAAACAACAGAUUUCCAAGAUUAUAUCUCACCUCUUGGCCAGCAAAGCCGCACUAAAAGAGUGGUGGAGUGCCCUUCCCCAAGAGAUUGUGAACAGCGACUUGCAGCCGGUGGCGCAACUUCGUUCAGUCAUGCAUUUCCAACUGGAAUAUUGUUUAGUUCGGAUGUUUAUUGGGCGACCAUUCCUGCUGAAGAAAGAGAUUUCGGAAUCAAUGAACAACUCACCAGCAGACUCGGAGCCCAGUGUCACCGACAAAGCCGCAUCCUUAGAUGGUACUGGCUUCAAGUACUCGUUAAGUCGCAAAGACUUGAUUGAUGACUGCAUUGAGGCAGCGACGGAAGCACUGGGGAUUUUGCAAAAACUACGCGAUUGCGGAUCAGGCCUGGCACGAGCUUCUUACAUUGAAUAUAGCUCAUGUCGAGCGUCACUUCUUGUGUUGAUUGCCUACUCCAUACAAAAUUUCUCUGAGCAAUUUCGAACCCUUCUCUAUAAAGGGCUUGAUAUGAUUCGAGAAAUGUCUGCGGCUGGCGAGUCGGCUCAGUCUGAGGUAUCUUUGAUUGAAACGCUUGAGCGGGCACUCGCACGGCUUCAUGCCGGCGUUCAGAAGUCUCAGCAUGGUGAUAUGGUACUGUCUAAUCGUCCCAUCUCGGAUUACGAGGCUUUCAAGCAUUGGGGCGCUAGACUGAGAGAAGGUGCCACGCUUGAACCACCCCUCAUUGAUGCGGGUCCUUCUAGUCAAACCGAGGACAUCGGACCGCAAACCGGCCAGUCUUCCGGACUUUACACACAUACAUAUGACCGCAUCGUUGACAUAGACUACAGUCAGGCAUCCAUGUCUGUGUCCGAUCGAGACAUGGGGAUGCUCGGUGCCCUUGAUCCCAUCAUUGAAAUACCGCUUUUCGGCGCUGAAAAUACAUCGCCCUCCGCAGCGUGGCCCACCUGGACUGAGACACAAAUGCUGGAACAGUUCCUCACGAGUCCAGAAUACAGUGCAGCUCAAAGUAUGGACAUUAACAGACACUGA